AUGGCAGCUCAGCAAGGAAUUCGGUCGCCCAACGUGAUGUCUCAACAAUGUUCCUUGACAUCCAACAUGGCAGCUCAGCAAGGAAUUCGAUCGUCCAACGUGAUGUCUCAUCAAAGUGCCUUGACAUCCAACAUGGCAGCUCAGCAAGGAAUUCGGUCCUCCAACCUGACGUCUCAUCAAAGUGCCUUGACAUCCAACAUGGCAGCUCAGCAAAGAAUUCGGUCCUCCAACCUUAUGUCUCAACAAGGAAUUUUAAUAUCUAAUGUCGAGUCGCAUAGUGUCACACCCACCAUACAAACGCAAUAUGCAAUUCCAGCUAGACAUAAGCCUAAUCCCGGAUCGUUCAUAUUUGAAAAAUUGGCAUUCCUUGACCCCCGAGUCUCGCGUUGCUAUGGUUGUGGGGACCAAUUAAAGCCAGGGGGUAAUUUGCCAUCUCCACCUAAUGACCUGGUUAUGACAACACGACUGCACCGAAGGUAUUACAAAGAGGGACAGUUGCAAGUUUCGCUAGAGAUAAAACCAGUGUAUCUCAUGGUAGUUCAUAUUGCGCUCGAUCUGCCUACAAAGAUUUCAACGCAGCAUCUUGCCAAUUACCGGACGAUCUAA